AUGCAUUUGUUAGAGCCAAUUCCAGAUAUAAAUGUGCCCAUAUGGCUAGACUGCGAUCCUGGCAACGAUGACGCCUUUGCCAUUUUGCUUGCGUCCUUCUGUCCAUAUUUCCACUUACUAGGCAUAUCAACUGUGCAUGGAAAUGUUCUGCUUGAGAAAACGUCUCGGAACGCUGCCGCUUUGCUCGAUGUGUUAGGAUUUCGCCAGAAUGAGAUCCCUGUCUUCUCUGGCUCCGAGCAUCCGCUACAGAUCAAAGCUAUUCAUGCCGAAGACGUCCAUGGUGAAAGUGGAAUCGGUGGAGUUACCUUGCCCAAGAACCCACGGAUAAACGUCAACAAAACAGGUUAUCUAGAGGCAAUGAAAGAAGCAAUUGAACAGUACGAGGGUCAAAUUUGCAUAAUAUGUACCGGCACCUUGACCAAUUUUGCCAAACUCAUCAAAAAGUACCCACUGGUUAUCUCCAAGAUUCGGUACGUUUCCAUCAUGGGUGGAGCCAUUCAAACCGGCAACAUCACGCCGUAUACCGAGUUCAACCUCCACUGUGACCCUCACGCGGCAUCAAUUGUUUUUCUGACGCCUCAAUUGGCCAACAAGAUCAUCUUAUGCCCAUUGAAUUUCACCCAUACGGUGUUGGCGACCGAAGAGGUUCGUCUGAGCAUCUACGAAGAAAAAUCCAACAAGAACUCACCCAUCCGCAACCUAUUUUACAACAUUUUGACCUUUUAUUUCAAUGCUUAUAAAGAAAAGUAUAACAACUACAUUGGGCCUCCAGUUCACGAUCCAUUGGCGGUGUUUUCCGUCCUAGCCAUGGUGGCCUUGAAUACUCCAAGAUUGGCCAAGUUUGCGGACGCCUUUGACUUUCAUUACUUACAGAGGAAGUUGCAUGUUGAUUUAGGGGAGCAUUCGGGGGAAACAAUUAUAGAAAACGGCAACUUAGAUCCCUUAUACAAAGAAGAUGGAGGUGUCUACAUUGCGCUCAGCUUAAACAGUCAGUUUUACUGGGCCCAUAUAUUCAAUGCGUUGGACUUAGCGGAGGAGCAAGUAGCUAAGCGAACGUCAUGUUAA